AUGGAUAGGAUCUGGCAAAAAGCCUAUGACAAAGCAAGAAAGCUAGUAGAGAAAAUGUCUAUUACUGAAAAGGUUAAUUUGACUACAGGAACAGGCUGGGGAUCAGGACCAUGUAUUGGAAAUACUGGAAGUGUUCCUAGACUCGGGAUUCCUAGUCUUUGUCUUCAAGAUGGACCUAAUGGUGUUAGAUUUACUGAUUUCAUAACUCAUUUCCCUUCCGGUCUUGCAACAGGUAGUACUUUUAAUAAAGAAUUAAUCUACCUAAGAGGAAAAGCUCUAGGUAGUGAACAUAAAGCGAAGGGUGUUAAUGUCGUUCUAGGUCCCACUGUGGGCCCUAUUGGCUUAAAGGCAGCAGGAGGAAGGAACUGGGAAAGUUUUGGAGCGGAUCCGUAUCUACAAGGUAUUUGUGGAGCUGCAACAGUAGAAGGCAUACAAGAUGAAGGUGUUAUAGCAUGUGUUAGACAUCUAAUUGGAAAUGAGCAAGAACAUUUCAGACAAGUAGGAGAGUGGAGUGAUGAAGGAGGAGGUUGGGAAAAUCUACAAAGUUCAAUUAGUGCAAAUAUUGGUGAUCGAGCAAUGCAUGAGAUCUAUCUUUGGCCCUUUGCCGACACGAUUAGAGCAGGAGCUGGAAGCAUUAUGUGCUCCUAUAAUCAAGUCAACAAUACUUACGCCUGUGAGAAUUCUUAUUUGUUAAACUACCUUUUGAAAGAAGAAUUAGGGUUUCAAGGGUUUGUUGUUUCCGACUGGGGAGCUCAACAUACUGGAGUUGAAUCGUCGUUGGCAGGCUUGGAUAUGACCAUGCCUGGUGAAACUUUUGAUAAUUGGCUCUCAGGAAAAUCUUAUUGGGGGCCAUUAUUAACGAGGGCAGUUUAUAACCAGACUCUUCCCCAACUGAGAUUGAAUGAUAUGGCAAUUAGAAUUUUGGCUCCAUUUUUUGCAAUCGAGGCUUGUAAUUUAUUGCAGGAGAAUCAUCAUCCAAGCUUUUCUUCUUGGACUUUCCAUACCUUCGGUCAGGAAUUUCCAUAUCAACAUUAUGGCCCAAUAAUGCAACAAAACUGGCACGUUGAUGCAAGAUCAGCCUUUAGUGACGAAAUAGCUUUGAGUGUUGCUAAAGAAGCUAUUGUGCUUUUAAAAAACGAAGGUCAUAACUUACCUAUUGCAAAAUCGGACGGGAUUAGAAGAGUACUAAUUGCCGGUGCUGGAGCUGGUCCUGAUCCAAAAGGAUAUAAUUGUAAAGACCAGAGAUGCGUUGAAGGUGUUUUAACCUCGGGAUGGGGAUCUGCAGCUGUCAAUAAUCCUUACGUGAUAACUCCAUACGAGGCAAUUCAAGAGAAGGCAAUUGAGCAAGGAAUAGUUGUCGACUAUACCUCCGAUGUCUGGGAGUUAGAUAAUGUCGGUGAAUUAGCUGAUUAUGCUGAUAUGGCCAUUGUAGUUGUUGGGGCAUCUUCCGGAGAAGGAUAUAUUGAAGUGGAUGGAAACUUUGGUGAUAGAAAUAAUCUAACUCUUUGGAAUAAUGGUGAUGAAUUAAUUUGCGCCAUUGCAGAGAGAUGUAGAAAAACUAUCGUCAUCGUCAAUUCGGUAGGGCCCGUGAGUUUAGACAAGUGGAUUGAUAAGGAGAAUGUUGUCGCUGUUCUAUACUCUGCCCCAUUAGGCCAGUUUGUUGGAAAAGCUAUGGCUGAAGUAUUGUUCGGAGAAUUUAAUCCUUCUGGGAAGUUACCAUUCACAAUUGCCAAGAAAAAGCUGCACUAUGUUCCUAUUAUUAGUGAUUUAGAGGAUUGUGAAAAUCCACAAGACAACUUUGAUAGAGAUAUAUACUUAGACUACAGGUUCUUCGAUAAGCAUACGAUUAAGCCACUAUAUGAGUUUGGAUAUGGCUUAUCUUACACAUCUUUUACAUUAUGCGACCUAAAAAUAAUCGAAAUCAAUUCACCCUCCGAGUACUUGCCUUAUCCAGAAGAGUAUCUACCUAUAUAUAACACCUGUGAAGAUGAUGUAUGUGACCCAGAAGAUGCAUUAUUUCCUCAUGACGAAAUUCGCCCAGUUCCGGGAUUUAUUUAUCCCUACUUGUAUAAUGAAAACAUAAGGUCAGUAGAAGAUGACGAAAAUUUCGAAUAUCCCAAAGGGUAUAAUCCUGAUCAAAAAACUUGCCCUCCUUUGGCAGGCGGAGGAUUGGGAGGAAAUCCGGCACUAUGGGAUGUACUCUAUGAAGUUAGUGCAGAAGUUAAGAAUGACGGGAAGUACAAAGGUGGCUAUGUAGCUCAAUUGUACAUAGAGUUCCCUAGUACAAUAUUACUUCUGCCACCUAAAGUGCUCAGAGGAUUUGAUAAAGUGUUUAUUGAGCCGAAUGAGAGCAAGAGAGUUAAGUUUGAAAUUUUACACCGUGACUUGAGUAUUUGGGAUACCGAAUCUCAACUGUGGAUUAUACAAACAGGUACCUACAAUGUCUACAUUGCUAGCAGCAGUAGAAGAGUCGAGCUUACAGGUGAGAUCGAUAUCGGUUGCUAG